ACGCACACGUCCACCACCACCACCAGAGAGCGCCAGUGACCUCGCCAUCGAAACACAUCACUCCCAUCUGGCAACCAUACAGUACCACACCUCCCAUCCACCGGACACCCCAUCGCCCCUCUCCUCGAGCCUCGCAGGCCACCAGCGCAACCAUGGCGCUCGACAAGUUCUUCCACAACAAGAUCGAGAGCAUGAAGCUGGAGAUCAUCCAGGGCCAAGCAGUAUUGCGACGUCUUGAAGCGCAGCGCAACGAAUACAACAGUAGAGUCCGACUGCUGCGUGAAGAACUGGGCUUGCUACAACAGCCGGGCAGCUAUGUCGGUGAGGUGGUCAAGGUCAUGGGCACGAAGAAGGUGUUGGUCAAGGUGCAUCCGGAAGGCAAAUACGUGGUCGACGUGGCGGAUUCCAUCGACAUCUCCAAACUCACCGCCGGCAAGCGCGUCACCCUGCUCUCCGAUUCCUACAAACUCUCAUCACUCCUCCCAUCCUCCGUGGAUCCGCUAGUAUCGUUGAUGAUGGUGGAGAAGGUGCCCGACAGCACCUACGACAUGAUUGGUGGUCUGGACGAGCAGAUCAAGCAGAUCAAGGAGGUCAUUGAGCUGGGGUUGAGACAUCCCGAACUGUUCGAAUCACUGGGUAUUGCGCAGCCCAAGGGAGUGCUGCUAUAUGGGCCUCCAGGGACAGGAAAGACGUUGCUUGCAAGAGCAGUGGCACAUCACACCGACUGCAAAUUUAUUCGCGUGUCAGGUUCGGAGUUGGUACAAAAGUAUAUUGGUGAGGGUUCCCGCAUGGUGCGAGAGCUGUUCGUCAUGGCUCGGGAACAUGCUCCCUCAAUCAUCUUCAUGGACGAGAUCGAUUCCAUCGGAUCAUCGCGUGUGGAAGGCUCGUCUGGUGGUGACUCCGAAGUCCAGCGGACGAUGCUGGAAUUGCUCAACCAACUGGACGGCUUCGAGCCGACGAAGAACAUCAAGGUCAUCAUGGCCACAAAUCGUCUCGACAUUCUCGAUCCUGCUCUCCUCCGACCGGGUCGUAUUGACCGAAAAAUCGAAUUUCCACCACCAACUGCCGAAGCCAGAGCAGACAUUUUACGCAUCCACUCGCGUAGCAUGAACUUGACGAGAGGCAUUAAUCUAAUGAAGAUUGCAGAGAAGAUGAACGGGUGCUCGGGAGCUGAGCUGAAGGGUGUGUGCACAGAAGCAGGAAUGUACGCGCUCCGAGAGCGACGAGUGCACGUGACGCAGGAGGACUUUGAUCUUGCAACGGCGAAAGUGCUCAACAAGCACGACGACAAGGAGACGAGUUUGGCGAAGCUGUGGAAAUAGAUGCAACGAUCGACCAGGUGGGACUGAGCGCGAAGUUGGCAGAGGCCUGUAUCAUAACUUUCAUGCAUCAUGUGGACGGGGCAUCAGUAAGUCCGCACUCAUAGUAGAGAAUGUACUCAAGAUGUGUAGAUCCGCCUCGUUUCCCCGCAAGUCACCAAGGUAGUACGCGCGACCAACCAGACUCUAUCAGGCUGAAGACUGCAGCCCGUCUCCCUUGACCUUCCACGAUACAAGAAAUGGAAAGAAAGACAGUCGUGAGAGAUGGAGUUGCCCGAAGGU